AUGGAGUCACCAACAAAGGAAAGGAAAUUUUGGGUUCGACCAAUAUUUAGAGAUCAACGACGAAGAGCACAAGGUGCCACUCAUACAAGACUGCAUAUUUGUAUUCGUUACCUUGCCUCUGGCGAUUCAAUGGAAUCCAUUGCUUAUCAAUUUCGAGUUAGUCAUAAUACUGUAUCGAAAAUUAUACGAGAAACCUGCAGAGCAAUUUGGAUAUCAUUAAAAAGAACAGCUUUUCCUCGUUUAACCAGAGCAGGAUGGUUGUCCCAUGCAAAAGGCUUCGAAGAAAAAUGGAAUUUUCCUCAUUGCAUCGGUGCAAUCGAUGGAAAAUUAGUUUCUAUGCAGGCUCCGCCAAAUUCUGGUUCAGAAUAUUAUAGCUACAAGGGAAGGUUCAGCAUGAAUUUAAUGGCAAUAAGUGAUGCAUACUACAGAUUUAUUGCGGUUGAUAUUGGUGCUCCUGGAAGAAGAAGCGAUGGAGGUGUAUUUGCAGAAAGUGAGAUGUUCAGAAAAUUUGAAACAAAUACUUUCGAAAUCCCUAAUCCAGAAGCAAUAAUGACGAAUACUCCUCAUUUACCAUAUGUCCUGGUCGCAGACGAAGCAUUCACACUAACUAAAUAUUGUAUGCGACCUUACCCUAGAAGUAAAGCAUUAAAUAUUAAAAAAAAAAUUUUCAACUAUCGAUUAAGUCGAGCAAGGCGAAUGGUCGAAAGUGCCUUCGGAAUUUUUGCGGCUCGUUGGAGGAUAUUUAGAAAGGAUAUUAUAGGUUCAACGAAGCUAGUGAGGAACAUCAUUCAAGCGACUACAUGUCUCCAUAACUGGAUCAUAACUGAGUCAUUAAAUAAUCCAGAAAAUAAGUGUCAGUACACUCAUUUAUCAAGGGUAGAUCGGCAAUCUGUUAACGCAUUACAAAACAUACCAAGACAAAAUGCAAAUCAACCUCUACAUAAUACAGAUGCUCAAACAGUGCGAAACAACUUUGCUGAGUAUUUUAUGUCACCUGAAGGAGAAUUACCAUGGCAAUAUGAUAAAGUAUUGCAAAAUAAUUUCUAA